CAUUUGAUAUUUUUAAAUGCAUUAAUUUAAUCUUAGAUUUAGAAGGAUUAUCAUGAUUUAACCCACAGAUUUAAACACGACAUAUAAAAAUAAAACAAUUUCAAUUUUAUAUACCGUGAUUUAACAUUUAACCUUCAAGACCUUGAAGGGCCAAAGGAAGGGCUUCAAGCAGGGUUGCCAGAUAAAAUUUAACGCGUGUCGCAGAACUCACAGUUUGAGAUAGCCCAAUGUCGCAGAUUUUGCCAAACCUUCAAAAUAGCCCAAAAUCGCAGAUCAAAAAUAUAUGACGUCUCUUUUAUCGUUUUUCUUUCUUUGUGACUUUAUUAAAAGGCAGCUGUUAAGAUAGCCCAAAGUCGCAGAUUUUGCCAAAAAAGCAGUAAAAACCUGUUUUUUGAAAAGUGGGGUAAAGAAAACAGAAGAACUAAAGAGAAAUAAUUGUUGGUUAAUAUAAUAUUAUGAAUGGAUGCCGUAAAAAAACUAAAGAAGAGCUUCAUUGAAAUGUGACUUUAAAAAAGCAAUGGAUGAAAUAUGUAGAAUUUGUGUAAAUAAUGUAGACAAAACAAACGCAGUCAAUAUUUUCUAUGAAAUUCAAGGGAGAAAGAAAAGUGUGUCUGAUAUCAUAACUGAAUGCACAUCAAUACAAAUACUUGAUAGUGAUAUGCUCCCAAAAAAUAUUUGUUUUAAUUGUUGCGAGCAACUUAUAGUACUGAGCGAUUUCCGACAAUUAAUAGUCAAAUCUGAUAUACAGUUGAAAGAAUAUGUUUUACUAGACAGCAAAAUUAACGGUACCACCGAAACUAAUUUCGAAGGUGCCGAUAUUAACCCUUUAACUAUCGAAAUCUGUAGUAGUGCAAAUGACGAUAUAGAAAAUAAUUUAGAAAUCAAAACAGAAUGUUUAGAUAUAUCAGAGGAUAUAUUAGAUGACAGAAUUGAUGAAACAAAUUGUAGUCAAUCAGAUGAACAAUUUAAAGAUAGUGGUGAGACCAAUGAAAAAGACUCUAAAAACUCUUUAAAAGUUGAUAGUUCUAAGGGUAAACGCAAACGUAAGAAAAAUAAGGUACAUGAAUUUACAUGUUCAAUUUGUGAGAAGGUGGUUCGUGGAGGAGUAAAUCGCCUAAAAGAACACAUGUUUAUUGUUCAUACUGAUAUUAAGCCACAUUCUUGCAAGACCUGCAAUAAACGAUUUAAAACUAAACCACUAUUAAGAUACCAUACUAUGGUUCACACUGGGGAAAAACCAUACCAAUGUGAAUUUUGUUUGGAGAGAUUUCCAACUCCUCAAACAGUUUUUCAACACAAGAAGAAGAAACAUAUAGGCAGCGACAAAAAACACAAAUGCGAUAGUUGUGAAAACAGAUAUUCUUCUCCCGGUGAACUGGAAAUACAUAGAAGGAAAGCUCACACCGGCGAAACGCCCUUCCUGUGCGAAUUCUGUAGUAAGAGGUUUGUGAGCGGCCCAAGUUUAAGAUUUCACAUUGCAGUCGUGCACGAAAAGGAUAAAAAAUGUCCAGUGUGUAAAGUGAUGCUGAGCCGGUACCUCAUAAAAGGCCACCUGCAAAAGCACAAGGAUCGAGCGGAGGGCAACAGGAGAUUCGUUUGCCAAGUGUGCGGGAAGAGGUUUUUUGCGGCUGAAGGUUUAAGGGUCCACGAGCGAAUUCAUACGGGCGAGAGGCCGCAUACUUGCGAGGAACAUGAAUUUACAUGUUCAGUUUGUAAGAAGGUGGUUUGUGGAAGAUCAAAUUGCCUAAAAGUCCACAUGUCAACGGCUCAUUCUAUUGUUGAGCCACAUUCCUGUGAGAUUUGCAACAAAAAAUUUAAAGAGAAAUUUCAAUUAAGAUACCAUACCACGAUUCAUACGGGUGAAAAACCAUACCAAUGUGAAAUUUGUUUAGGGAAAUUUAGAACUCCUCAAGUCCUUUUUAACCACAAGCAAAAGAACCAUAUAGGCAACGACAAAAAACACAAAUGCGACAGUUGUGAAAACAGAUAUCCUUCUCCCGGUGAACUGGAAAUACAUAGAAGGGACGCUCACACCGGAGAAAGGCCCUUCCUGUGCGAAUUCUGUAGCAAGGGCUUUAUAAGUGGCCCAAGAUUAAAAUCUCACAUUGCAGUCGUACACAAAAAGGAUAAAACGUGUCCAGUGUGCAAGUUGGUGAUCCACAGGUACUUUUUCAAACAGCACUUUCAAAAACACAAGGAUCAAUCGGAAGGCAACAAGAGAUUCACUUGCGAAGUGUGCGGAAAGAGUUUUUUUGCUCUUCCGAAUUUAAAGCUGCACGAGGUGAUUCAUACAGGGGAAAGGCCGUGUACUUGCGAGAUCUGUGGCAAGACGUUCAAUCAGAAAUCCGCCCUAACUAUACACAAACGAGUGCACAGCGAAGUCAGGGCUUUUGCGUGCGAAUUGUGUCCGAAAUCGUACAAGUACAAUCAACAGCUUCAAAUACACAUGAAAAACAACCAUCCCAAUAGGAGCCAACUAAAUGUAAACGAGAAAUAACGCAUUUUUAUCUAAUUUACUUUUUUUACAUGUUUUUUUAUUCACGUUUUACGAACUUUUUUAUUUGUUGAAUGACAUUCUCCAUAUAAUUUUACAUAUAAAAUGACAGCGACAUUUCGUAGCCGUCGCCGACGCCGUUUUUUUUUCGAUCAUAUUGUAUAUAUUACGUAUUUACAAUAAAAUUAUUUAUACAUA